CAAAUACGAAAAAGAUGGCGCCGGGUCGUUUGAUGUAAACAAAGACCUUGGAACGAUAACUCUGUUUUUGUACUUCAAGAAGAAGCAAACAUGAUAGAUCACCACAAGAGUCACAUUGAAAACACAUUUUAGCUCAGCGAGGAGAAGACAGAGAUGGCGGGACGCGGUCGUGGCCGGAGUCGCAAAACGAUGACGUUCAAUGUGGAAGCCAUCGGCAUCAACAGAGGAGAUACUCUACCUCCAUCCAUCCAACAGCCCACACCUCUGUUUCCUGCGUUGGAGCACAAGCCCCUCCCCCUGGCCGGAGGGGAGGAGGCAGAGUAUCUGUUGGCCCUGAAACAGGAGUUCAGAGGGGCCAUGAAGACCCUACCCUUCUUCAUCCAGCCUGCUUCUGCACACACAGGUCAGAGGUCACACACAGAUGUGGAACGAUACUCUGACAAAUAUCACAGCAGCGAACAAGCCGACACUCUGACGGGCUGGUUGCCAGACUGGAAGAGAUUCCCAAAAGAGCUGAGGUUACGUGUCAGGAAAACAAUAAAAAAAGCUGUGUCCAGAGAGGUUGUGAGAUCAAAGAGAGGUCAGGCUGAUGAGCAGAAAAAAGAAGUAAAAGAAAAGAAGGAAGUUCUCCUCAAAUUGGAGACGCUGCAGAGUGAAGAGCAGCAGAGCUCCGAGGAUGAGGAGCAGCAAGAAAAGAAGGAAGAAGAUCAGGAGGCUGAGGAAGAGUAUGAUGAGGAGGAGCUGGAGGAAGAGACGGACUACAUCAUGUCCUAUUUUGACAACGGCGAGGACUUUGGCGGGGAAAGUGAUGACAACAUGGACGAGGCCAUUUACUGAAACAUUUGUGGCCAUUUCUAUGGCAACUGCCAGUUUUAAGUCAAGAUUUUAAAUGUUGAAGUUGUUGUUUUUUUCAUAUUGUUGACUGUUUUUUUACUGCAAUGGAGAAAAAAAGAUUUAAUUGAAACAUUGAAGACAAUA